GGCCUCGGGGGGCGGGCAGGGGGCGGGCCGGGCCGGGGAGGGGCGGGGCCAGGCUCCGAGCCGCGCGGAGGCACCGCCAGCCGUUACGCGCGACUUCGACCCGGACCCACGCGGGCGCGGCUCCGCCAGGUGAGCACAGCUAGGGUCCGGGGCUUCACCCCCCAUUUCCCCCAACUUUUCUGUUCGGUCCCUCCCCCCGGAGAGUCGUUGGCGGAGGCGCCUGCGCCUUCUCUCCGCGGCGCGGGAGUGUGGACGCGGGUGGAGGCGGACCCCGGAGUGCGGGGCGCCCGCCCCCAGCAACUUGCGGCGACCCGGCAUGCAGGGCCGCGCGUCCCCGAGUUCGCGCUCCCGGGAACCCCCGACCGAGACUCUGGACCCCGCGACCUCGGAGCGGGGCCGCGUCUCUGCAGAUCUCCGGCUCCUCCUCGCCGGGACACGCGGGUACUCGGGGGGCCGGUGUGCACUUGGGACUGCGGCGCCGGACCUGACCCGGGACGGGGCGGUCACUCCUCUGGCCGCGGACCGGGGACAGGGCGCCACAGUCGAGGUGGACGCUGCAGCCGGCUGGCCCCUCCCAGGGCGGCGGUGCCCGGAGAGAAGUGCCCGGCGCUGUGAGGGUCCCGGGACCGAGCCCCCCGCCUGACGCGGCCAAGGGACUCGGGCCGCCUCUCAGGUCGCCGUUUCCGUCGGGGAAAACCGGGCAGUGGACUCGGCCUCCCAGGGCCCCGCGCUAGGCCGUGCGCCUUCGACUCUGCGGCGGGAGCCAGGGAUGGGGCGUCCUGCCCUGAGUUUCGGGGGUGCGGAUGGGGAGAGGGUGAGGCAGUCGGUGCUCCUGCUCCGGACUUGGGCUGCACGUCCCGAGGCUGGAGCUGCUUCAAACCCAACCCGGGCGGGCGAGGACACGCCACCGAACCGAAGGACGCUCGCCCGCCGCUCUCAUCGCUCAGGGUGCCCGGGCUGGGACCCCAUUUGUCCGCCAAGCUCCCUGCGGUGCGGGUCACGCCACACGCAGCCUUGGCGUGCUGCGGGACGCCUGCCCCGGCCCGCACCCAGCGGCCAGGCCACAGGCGGGGCGGGCCCCGGGGCAGCCGAGGUGCAGGGGCGGCGCUGCUCGGGCCGGGACGCGGGCCACCGAGGCCUGGGGCGGAGGAGGCCAGAAAGGAGGCCAGGCGGCGGGAAAGGGGAUGAUUCAUCCCAGGAGCCCGAAUUGGAAACGCCGCAGCCUGGGAACAGCCUUCCCGGGGCGGACGGCGGAGCCAGGGGGGGAGUCAGGCGAGGCCUGCCCCCGGCCCCGGGUCCCGCCGGGCGGCCGCGGGUGCGGGCACUUGGGCGCCGAGUUUGCAGGGCUCCCGGGCGGAGUCGGGCGCGGGUCCUGCUCAGGGCGAUCCCGCCGGAGUCCCGCUCAAGUGUCUGCUGCUGCAGCCUCGGUGCAGAUGAGGCGAUCUGGGAGGAGGGGGCAGGAAGCGGCAGAGUCGGCGACAACCCCCCGCUCCCGCCGCUGCGAGCGCCCGGACGCCGGCGAGAUGACGGCGGGGAGCCCCGGAGACUGCGGGGAGGUGCGGAGGAGCCCCGAGGGCCGCGUGUCCCGCCUGGGCCGGCGCCUGGGCCGCCGCCGGCGCCCGCGCACCCCGCCCGAGCCUCUGCGGGUGCGGGCGCGGCUGCGGCUGCGCUCGCCGUCGGGGGCGUUCGCGGCGCUGGGGGCGCUCGUGGUACUGGUGGGCAUGGGCAUCGCCGUGGCCGGCUACUGGCCGCACCGCGCCGGGGCCCCAGGGGCCCGGGCUGCCAACGCCAGCGCGCCCCCCGUGAGCGAGCUGCGACGGGACGGCCGCGGCGCCGGCCGCGCGCACGGCCCGCACGAGCGGCUGCGGCUCUUGGGCCCGGUGGUCAUGGGCGUCGGCCUGUUCGUGUUCAUCUGCGCCAACACGCUGCUCUAUGAGAACCGGGACUUGGAGACGCGACGGCUUCGCCAGGGGGCGCUGCGGGCCCAGGCGCUGCGGCCCCCCGACGGCCCCGGCUGGGACUGCGCACUCCUGCCCAGCCCCGGCCCCAGGACUCCCAGAGCCCUUGGCUGCUCAGAGCCGGACAAUUGGGACCUGUCGGCGUACCGGGGCACGUCGCCGGUGCCCUCCGUGCGGAGUCUGCGGUCCGAGCCUGCGAACCCUCGCUUGGGGCUCCCAGCCCUGCUCAACAGUUACCCUCUGAAGGGUCCGGGACUGCCCGCGCCUUGGGGCCCACGAGCCCAGACUGGCCACGUGAUUAUCACCGUGCAGCCUUCCGGUUCCUGCAUCGAACAUUCCAAGUCUCUGGAUCUGGGCCUUGGAGAGCUUCUGCUCGGGGCCCCGGCAGCACACGAUGGUGCCCACCGGAGCUGGCCACGACUGGAACGCCUCAGUCUGGGGGGUUAUGCCAAGCUGGGCGAAGGGGACGUGGGGGCCAGGGUAUGAGGAGCACGCGGCGGCCACUGGGGCGGGAGUUCCAGUGUCCAGUAGAUGCUUCCCCAUGCACAUCGCAGAAGGGGAGGACGCUUUGCCUCCCCGCUGCUUGGCCGUUCUGACCUGCAUGUGGCAGAGAAAGGCCAGCUGCACAAAGUCCACUAAGCUGGAGUAUUUCACCAGCACGACUGGCCUCAGGGAUUCCUUCAGUCUCCCUGCGUGGCCUGGGCCACUGCAGGUACUUGAGGGGGCUGGAGGGUUCGGGCCACCGUGCCAGGCACGCCCUAAGGAGU